UGUACAGUUCAUGUAGUCCGAACUUUAUAGAAGAGAGAUCACAGAGAGUAUCUUAACCCAUUACAGAUCUUCAUCAUCUAACCCUAAAACAAACAUAUAUUCUCUUAUUAAGAUCAUCUGCUAAUAAUAAGAGAACAUGAGUUAUAACGAUUUAUACCCUUUACAAAAAAGCAAUGAGUCGAUAUGUCAGAUCUCAAAAUCUUGUGAACAACCACAACAAAAAGAGCCAGAUAAUAAUCAACAUAUUGUCCCAGAAUUUCAACCUUUCAGCAUUGAUGAUUUUAACCCUAUCUUUAAUAUGGACCACCCCGCUAGCAACUCAUCAGCUAAUAAUACUCCAAAAGUAGAUAAUCCAGCAAGUCAAAGAGCUGAUGAAAGUACGAAGAAAAUGGUUGUAAGAAGAGAUGUUGAGAGGCAAAGAAGGCAAGAAAUGGCGAAUCUUCACGCGUCGCUUCGUUCACUUCUGCCUCUUGAAUAUAUCAAGGGAAAUAGAUCAGUAUCUGACCAUAUGGAUGAAGCAACUAAGUACAUAAAGAAUCUACAGAAAAUGAUCCAAGAAAUGAAACAUAAGAGAAAUGGGCUAAACAGAUUGUCUAUCAACAAUACUGUAAAACCUACAUCUGUUAUUCCUAGAGGACUAAACAGGUUUUCGCGGAAUUGUGUGACGGUUAGGCCGUGUGUAUCAGGUUUGGAAGUUGUUAUUACUAGUGAUGGGUUAUCACUUCCGCUUUCAAGGGUGCUUCGAGUACUACUUGAAGGUGGAUUACUUACAGUUGUUGGCUGUGUUACAACUAGGGUAAAUGAAGCAUCACUACACACUAUUCAGAUUGAGGUAAGUGAUCUUGCACGAAUCAAUACAAUCGAACUGCAACAAAAGCUGAUUGAUUUGGUUUAGUAUUCAAGAGUCUAACGACGGGACUGCUUAAUUUCAUAUGCUUGAGCACUCGAAGCUUAUCUUUGCUGGUUUUCUCCUUAAAACAAGAUAUAUGUAAGCACUGCAAACAUUUAAAUGACGUUAGAGUACUAUAAGGGGUUUGUGUCAUCUUCUUGAGUUCAUCUGGCAAUCUAGCUCCUUAGUUAUCAUUUAUAUAGAGUUGAUUGAGUACUAAGGUCUUGUAUAUAUCUAUCUAGCAGCAUAAAUAUGAUUUU